UGAGCAGUCGCCAAGUAUACAACUGUACUAUACAUGUAGAAUUUCGUUAUUUGAGACGAAUUCUCCCAAGAAAUAUUGAGUUCAGCAUUUUAAUUCUAAGUUAAUAUUACAAGUAACUUGUCUGUAAUUCUCAAUUAUACUGAAACAUCACUAUGUGCGCAGCGAGUACAUCUGCAGCGAAUACAUCUUCAGAAGAAGACCCAGAAAGAGCCUAUAAAAAUUGUAAUAACUUCUUUAAUCCUAAUAUUUGUCAUGUUUGUAAAAGUACUAUCAUCCGCAUAGUGUGCAAGUGCAACAUGAUAUGUUACUGCAGCAAAUAUCAUCAACAAAAAUACGAAAACCAGCAUAUGGAUAUGUGCAAAAGUUUACAACGUAUUCAAUAUAUAUAUAAAGCACGUUUCAACAUUACACUUCGUUUCAACCAGGAAGAAUGGAUCAAAACAAGAAAAGAAUUAAAAACUUACGUUAGGUCGAGAUUGGCACGCGAUCUAGUGCCUUAUGAGAAGCAGAUGAUCUUGUUCGCAAGGUCGUGUCUUAUUUGUCAUCAACAGAUUGAUCUUUCCCCUUGCUUGAGGUGCUAUUCCAGCAACUAUUGUGAUGAACACAGAGAAGCUUUUCAGAACCAACAUUAUUUCAAUUGAUAAACCCAUUCCUGAUAUGAAUACAUUUAUUCUGCAAUAUGUACGAAAGGAAGGGAAUGUAAAUAAAUCGGAUACUUUGGAAGAAUAUAUCUGUUCUGAAUACGUGUCAGGACCGUUAACAUUGUACUAUAAAAUGAAAGAUUUAAAUCU